CUCGGCGAGACGCGUGUGUUUAUGUACUCAGUUUAUUUUUAUAGUAUUUUUUUACGUAAAUUAAAUUUAAAUUUAACUUAUACUUUUUUGCGUAUCGUAAUUUUUACUUGUUUAAUUAAUCUUUAUUUGAUAGUGUUUUAUAAUUGGGAUCUGCAAACAGUUGCGUAUAUCAACGCCACGUAACAAUGCUCUCGCGGUAACCGCAUAACUACGCAGCAAGACCGACAAAACAGCAAAAUGGUCCAAAGAAUAAUUUCAGUGCAGUCCACUCAAAUCAAAAAGGACGAUGCAUUGGCGAAUUUAAUCGGACACUUCGGCAGAUGGCAGUUCCUGGUGAUAGCAACAGUGUCGCUAGUGAAGCUGUCUUCAGGUUGGGUGCAAAUGGCGAUCAUAUUCCUGACCCCGAACCUGGUGUACUGGUGCAAGGACUUCGGGGACAACUCUAGCAGAGUGGGCGAGAACAUGACUUGCUACGCCGACUGCGCGGAGUACGGGUACGACAGCGCGCCGUUCGAGAACACCAUCAUCACGCAGUGGGGGCUGGUGUGCGAGCGCACUUGGAUGGCGAGCUUCGCGCAGAUGGUGUUGCAGCUGGGGGUCUUACUGGGCAGCGUCAUGUUCGGGUUCCUCUCUGACAGUGGAGACCUUGAAUCUAUUGAGUUGAACAUACAGGACUUAAUAUCAGGUUAUCCGUAUCAAACCGACCACCAUCCACCAGUUCCUAACUUUAGGAAAAUGAUUCAAGGAAAGCCAUUUUCAGCUAAGCUUACAGAACAACACUUUGUACCAGCCAUCCUGACUUCCGUGUGGCUGCUGAAACAUAUCGGACGUAAGGCCGCGUGCGCCACUUUCCUAGCACUGGGCGGUCUCUGCGUCCUCACCCUAGGAGUCAUUCCCGACACAUUCUGGAUGACUCUCACCCUGGGAUGCAUUGGAGUCAGCUGCGUUUCCAUAGUGUGCACUUGUAUCUACAUUUAUACCUCAGAGUUGUUUCCCACUGUUGUGAGGAAUAUGGGUAUGGGAGCAUGUUCGACGAGCAUGCGCGUUGGGUCCAUGAUAGCGCCGUUCGUGUCUGAUUUGUCCAAGACGGUGCCGUGGAUGCCAACAGUCAUCUUCGGUCUUGCGCCGCUCGUUGGUGCGUUAGUCUGUCUUUUACUUCCAGAGACUAAGGGGACAGCUUUGCCUGAUAGUAUUAAGGAUGUUAAAGAUAGUGCUUAAAUUUAACAUUUUAAUGGUAGCAGCAUUAAGAUACCAUCAUAUCAAUACAUUACCGCCGUCGGCCGAUUGGCGCAGUUUGCAACAACCCUGCUUUCUGAGUCCAAGG